GUGGGUGGCGCUAUCUCCAGCGUUGCCCGGGUUUCCCGCGCGGGGACUCUAGCGGGUCCUUGGGGAGCACAGAAUCGGUGCCUGCUGCUUCAUCGACGUGGGGCGGGCGAACGCCAAGCCCGUGGUCGUGGCCCCUGCCACUGGAGCUCUGGGAGCCGGGUGGCCGCGUAGAAAUGAACACAGAAACAGAACAACAGCUUCUCCAUCAUGCCAGAAAUGGCAACGUCGAGGAACUAAGACAACUGUUAGAAACCAUGGAGAGGAAUGAAAUAAUGGCUGAUAUUAAUUGCAAAGGAAGAAGUAAGUCUAAUUUGGGUUGGACACCUCUUCAUCUGGCAUGCUAUUUUGGACAUAGACAAGUGGUCCAGGAUCUGUUGAAGGCCGGAGCAGAAGUGAAUGUGUUAAAUGACAUGGGAGACACGCCACUUCAUCGAGCUGCCUUCACAGGACGAAAGGAAUUAGUAAUGCUUCUCUUAGAAUACAAUGCUGAUACUACUGUGGUAAAUGGGAGUGGACAGACAGCAAAAGAAGCCGCUCAUGACAAAGAAAUCAGAAACAUGCUCGAAGCUGUAGAAAGGACUCAGCAAAGAAAGCUUGAAGAAUUACUUUUAGCAGCAGCAAGAGAAGGCAAAACAGCAGAACUCACAGCUCUGCUCAGCAGACCCAGUCCUCCUGAUGUCAACUGUUCUGACCAGCUAGGAAAUACACCCUUGCAUUGUGCAGCUUACCGGGCCCAUAAGCAGUGUGCCUUAAAGCUUCUAAAAAGUGGAGCUGACCCCAAUCUGAAGAACAAAAAUGAUCAGAAGCCUCUUGACCUUGCCCAAAGUACUGAAAUGAAGCAUGUUCUUGCUGGUAAUAAGGUCAUCUACAAAGCUUUGAAACGAUAUGAAGGCCCUCUCUGGAAGAGCUCAAGAUUUUUUGGCUGGAGAUUAUUCUGGGUAGUGUUAGAACAUGGAGUCCUUUCUUGGUAUAGGAAACAGCUUGAUGCAGUCCGUAAUAUUUAUCGCCAGGGAUGCAAACACCUGACUCAAGCAGUGUGCACGGUGAAAUCUGCUGAUAGCUGCCUCUUCUUUAUCAAAUGCUUUGAUGACACCAUUCAUAGCUUCAGAGUUCCUAAGAAUAACCUUCAGCAGUCAAGAGAGAAUUGGCUGGAAGCCAUUGAAGAACAUUCUGCUUAUAGUACUCACUACUGUUCCCAGGACCAGUUGACAGAUGAGGAAGAAGAAGAUACAGUUUCUGCUGUAGACUUGAAGGAAUCCUUAGAGAAAGCACAAGCAUGUCAACAGAGACUAGAUAGGGAAAUUUCCAGCUUUCUCAAAAUGAUUAAGGAAUGUGACAUGGCUAAAGAAAUGCUUCCAUCAUUUCUUCAGAAAGUUGAAGGUGUCGCUGAAGCUUCUAGAGAAACUUGUGUAGCUCUGAGUGAUUGCCUUAAUCUCUUCACUAAACAAGAAGGGGUGAGGAAUUUUAAAUUGGAACAAGAACAAGAAAAAAACAAAAUUUUGUCAGAAGCACUGGAGACUCUAGCCACUGAACAUCAUGAACUAGAGCAGUCUCUGGUUGAAGGAUCCCCACCUCUCAGCAUCCUUAGUGAGGACGAGUUCUAUGAUGCAUUAUCAGAUUCCGAGUCCGAGCAGUCCCUGAGUCAAUUGGAAACGGUGACAGCACCCUCCUUUGAAGAGAAAGAAGAGCACUUGAGCAGUGGAAAGCACAGAAUGUCUGAAGGAAAAGAUUGUGGUGGGGGAGAUGCUCUCUCCAAUGGCAUCAAAAAGCACAGAACGAGUUUGCCCUCACCUAUGUUUUCCAGAAACGACUUCAGUAUCUGGAGCAUCCUCAGGAAGUGUAUUGGAAUGGAACUAUCCAAGAUCACGAUGCCAGUUAUAUUUAAUGAGCCUCUGAGCUUCCUGCAGCGACUAACUGAAUAUAUGGAGCAUACUUACCUCAUCCACAAGGCCAGUUCAUUGUCUGAUCCUGUGGAAAGGAUGCAGUGUGUAGCUGCAUUUGCUGUGUCUGCUGUGGCUUCUCAGUGGGAACGCACUGGAAAGCCCUUCAACCCACUCCUGGGGGAGACAUACGAGUUAGUCCGAGAUGACCUUGGGUUCAGACUCAUCUCAGAACAGGUCAGCCAUCAUCCACCAAUCAGCGCAUUUCAUGCAGAAGGAUUAAACAAUGACUUCAUCUUUCAUGGCUCUAUCUACCCGAAACUGAAGUUCUGGGGGAAGAGUGUAGAGGCAGAACCCAAAGGAACCAUCACCUUGGAGCUCCUUGAACACAAUGAGGCAUAUACAUGGACAAAUCCCACCUGCUGUGUGCAUAAUAUCAUCGUGGGUAAACUCUGGAUUGAGCAGUAUGGCAAUAUGGAAAUCACAAACCACAAGACUGGAGACAAAUGUGUGUUGAAUUUCAAGCCAUGUGGCCUUUUUGGUAAGGAAUUACACAAAGUUGAAGGCUACAUACAAGAUAAAAGCAAAAAGAAGCUCUCUGCCCUCUAUGGAAAGUGGACUGAGUGUUUAUACAGUGUUGACCCUGCCACUUUUGAUGCCUACAAAAAAAAUGAUAAGAAAAACACUGAAGACAAGAAGAACAGCAAACAGAUGAGCACCUCAGAGGAGUCUGAUGAAAUGCCAAUGCCAGAUUCUGAAAGUGUGUUUGUCAUCCCUGGAAGUGUCCUCCUGUGGCGAAUAGCUCCGCGACCUCCAAACUCCGCCCAGAUGUAUAAUUUUACUAGCUUUACAAUGGUUUUGAAUGAAAUAGACAAAGAAAUGGAGAGUGUGAUUCCUAAGACAGACUGCAGGCUGCGACCAGACAUCAGAGCCAUGGAGAACGGAGAGAUAGAUCAAGCUAGUGAAGAAAAAAAACGGCUUGAGGAAAAACAAAGAGCAGCUCGCAAAAACAGAUCCAAGUCAGAAGAGGACUGGAAGACGAGGUGGUUCCAUCAAGGUCCUAAUCCCUACAAUGGAGCACAGGACUGGAUUUACUCUGGCAGCUACUGGGACAGAAACUACUUCAAUUUGCCUGACAUUUAUUAAAAUGUAGACAAGUCAGGAUGUUUGACUAAUCUACAAAUAAGUCUUAAAACCUGUUUUAAAAUUUUUUCCUUGGUUUCUACUCAUCUUUAAAAAAAACUCAUAAACUUGCAUUUUACCCCACAAGGUAUAGCAUAUGGUAAUAUUGAUGAUGAAAGUCUUAUAAAAAAUGUGUAAUUUUGCUGUCCACACAUAUUUGGAAUACUGUUUUAUAGAGAGUAAGAGAGACUGCUGGAAAAGAUGCUUUUUCUGGUUGCUGUUGCCAUGUUUACUGGAGGUUUAUACCUAAAUGUAACUUUAGCCUUAUGGAAUUAUAUAGUAAUCCCAAAUCAAGUUAUUUUGAGUAUUUUGAUGCUGUCAUGCUUCAAUGUUUUAGAUGUAACUUUGAAAUGUUAAGGAUUCUCCUGCACAACAUCUUAUGUGCUCAAAUGUAGAGAUUUGUCAUUUGUAAAGACUAAAUUGACAAGAUGGCGUUUAUUCAUACUAAUCCUCUCAAUUUUACCCCUUCUUACCUCCACAAGGAAAAAAAAAAAGCCUGGAAAUUCAAAGUAGGUAGUCCCAAUUUGAAAAUUCUAAAAAAUUAAUCUUAUUUUAGUGCUCUGAGUUUACUUUUACAAUUUUCUGUGAUUAGCUAAAAUGUUUAAAUUAUAUGUUUGAACUGAAAAUAUGUAUAAAAUAAAAUCUAGCAAUUCACAGAAAUGUCAUAGAAAUAGAUUUUAAUCACUAUCAUUACAUAAUGACCUUUUUAAAUGCUUCAACUUCCAGUGGCAAGUGCCACCAGAGAAAUUAAGCAGCAUUCAUGUAUUACAAGUAUCAGACUAUAUAAAAGGAGGUCUUGUGCAUUUCAGUUUGCAAGAUACCUGGGUACUUUAUAUAUGAGACCUACUGUACAGUAGCUUUACCCCUUUAAUUGGGGUACAUUAAUCUUAUAGUAUUUAUCCACCCAAACCCCAGACUGAGAUAUUGCUCCAAGGGGCCUUAGGUAGCUGCCAGUAAAUUAUUUUAAUUGCUGUCUUGAAGUGUUAUAAUCUACCUGAUGCUAAAUAAAGGUUGUAGAAUGUUCCCCAAAAAA